GCUUGAACUGGUGGCAUCCCGCACACCCGCUCAAGCUGCCCCGCCUCGACUUCCUUCCGUCACUCGUCUGCCCUGAUCGUCAUAUUUCGCUCGGUUUCUUUAUUCAAACAGAACGAAGCUCUCCUUUGUUGCCUGGGCCGUUUGUUUGCCUGCUUCAAUUGAACCUUAGCUGGAGCUAUUAGUAUACCGAACUUCCGACUUGCACACUUACUUGGCCCCCCAAGGAUCCCAACGAAGCUUGAAUCAAUCUUUCCACCAUCAAUCACUCUUGUUGCCUUGUUGUUUCUACACCUUUUCAAAGAUGAGCUUCGAGCGUCCCCUCCGUGGUGGCUGCCAAUGCGGCCGCAAUCGUUACAUCAUCCAGUUUCCGCAAACCACUACACAGGCGGCGCAAGUCAUCUUCAACCCACCGCCUUCUCAAUAUAUCUCCCAUGCCUCACCAUUGGCUGCUUUCCUGCGGGUACCUUUGCCAUGGUACCAUAGCUCGACGCUCUCGUUUUCUCCCGACGAAAGGACGUCGAUGAUCCAUCGCGCCUACACUUCGCCCUUUGAACAGCAUUCUAUGCGCCACUUUUGCGGUUAUUGCGGCACCCCCUUGUCUUACUGGUCCGAGGAACCUCGUAGCGAAGCUGAUUUUAUCCAGCUAUCGUUGGGCAGCCUGCAUCCAGAAGAUCUAGCGGACCUGGAAGACUUGGGUAUGUUGCCGGAUUCCGAAAGCGAGAAUGAACCUGAAACGAAGAAGCAAGAAGGAAAGGGAGAAGUAACGUAUAUCGGCCGACAGACUGUGGGAGGCCUACCCUGGCUGGACAGCUUGCUUGAGGGCAGCCGACUCGGUACUCUUCGCGCGGCCAAAGGUCGCAGCCAGAAUACGAGUGGUACAGUUCAAGUCGAAUGGGAAGUUAUGGAAUGGACCGAGGGUGAAAGCGGCUCCCCGAGCGGCUCCCCGAGAAACAGCAAGCGGAAGCUUGGUGACCGAGACGACGUAGCCCGGGCGUUACCAUGAAGGACAUUAGGCAAUGAGCCUGCAGUGGGAUUCCGUUUCCUGCCAUGGUUCAUCUAGACGCCCAAGCGCCUCCUCGGACUGUAGAAGGGCAUUAGAACGCUUGGGUUGGCGGCAAUUCUUUUCGGCGUUUCAGAAUCAUAAGAGGGUCGUUGAGGGACAGGCAUCGUGAAGGCGUUUGGCAGGAUUGGAAAGAUUGGCAACAGUGGCUUGGAUUCGUGUUGUUGGGUCGCAUGUUUCCUACUCGGCGAUGCACCAAACCCUUGGACCUCCGACAUACUUCUAACAUUCAGCAUCUAUACAAUGACCAAGUGUAGCAGUACGAUAGUUCAACCCUAGAGGAUAGCUUAUCGCAAUCGUUUUCGAAUGAUUCCGGGACGUGUCUACACCUAGCAACGAAGUCUUAAGGUCGUGAAAUACCCA